ACAAUGCCAGAAUAUCUCAGUCAAGAACAGAUUGACCAGUUCAAUAAGAACGGAUAUCUCGUUCUGCCGUCAUUCUUGUCGGAAGAAGAGACAUCCGCGUUGCGGAAGCGCUCUAAGGAGCUGCUGGACGAAUUUGACCCUUCUACCCACCCUCUGACCAAGUUCACGACAGGAGACGAUGACCACGUCGGAGACGACUAUUUCCUGACGUCUGGUGACAAGAUACGCUAUUUCUUGGAAACGGACGCGGUGGAUGGAGAUGGAAAGUUGAACAGGGAAAAGCAGAAAGCUGUGAAUAAGAUUGGACAUGGCUUGCACGAGCUUGACCCUCUCUUCCGGAAAGUGACUUUGGAGAAUGAACGCAUUAGAGCUGUGGUUAGGGAUUUGAAGUUCCAUCGGGAUCCUGUUGCUCUCCAGUCGAUGGUAAUCACGAAGCAGCCGCAGAUUGGUGGCGAAGUGCCUGAGCAUAAUGACUCGACAUUCCUGUACACAGACCCACCAUCCGCCCUCGGCUUCUGGAUCGCCCUCGAGAAAUGCACAGAAUCCAACGGAGCCCUGUCUUUCCUUCCCGGAUCGCACAAGACCACGCCAAUCACCAAACGUUUCGUUCGUCUCGGGCCUGGAAAGGGUACGGGGUUCGAGACGUUGGUCUCACCCGAGGAAGAGAAACGUGUGGCUGAGGAGGGCAAGAAGGGGGAAUAUACCUUGGAGACUUGCAAUCCAGGCGAUUUGGUCCUCAUCCAUGGCUCGGUGCUGCACAAAUCGGAGAGGAACACGAGUCCCAAUACGAGGUUUGCGUAUACCUUCCAUAUGAUCGAGUCGCCGCCCUAUGCAAAUUAUGACGAGAAGAAUUGGUUGCAGCCUACACCCGAGAUGCCGUUCUCGAGGAUCCUGCCUCCGGGGGAGAUCAACGUGUUCUAGGUGCUCCUUCGACAACGGUCCUGCGGGUGGUAGGAUAUGAAGAAGCAAGUGACGGAAUCUUUUGUGUUACAACAGUUUGGUGUUAGCGGUAUAGCAACAGUGUGGUAUCUCUGUGUUAAAUAGGUAUUAUCUAAAUGGAAUCAGCGUCAC